AUGGCCGAGUCUUCUUCCUCAAGUCUGAAAGGCGACAGAAGGUCACACCGCUCCUGGACAAUUUCAGCUGAAUCCAGUGUAAUCGAGAGCAAUGGUCGGUCGUCCGUGGACUCCAACCUCGAGAGGCCGAAGACACAGGGUGGAGAAGUAGCAGAUCCCAACAGGGCUGGUCCCAGUGGAUUCUCAAAGCUGCUCGAGGCACGUCGGAGGCGAAAGAAGAACAAGAAUAAAAAAAAUGACGACGAGCCGCCGGUACCUAGCGUGCCCCUGGACCAUGAUCUACAAGCAAGCCAAUCCAACGAAUCUCGCAAUGGAACUUCAGCAGGCAGCUCCUCCGUGGCUGAAAGUGCUGCGGCGCCAGAAGGAGAGGUCAUCAAUAUAUUAACGGAUGAUUCCGAGCCGGACAGGACUCCACCGCUCACCUCCCAUAACUCGCAUACCGGAUUUUACACUUCGUCCUCGCCAUUGAUCAAGACUACAUCGGUAGAUGCUGCAGAUACGGAAGGUUCUCAAGCUGAUGUCGAAUCGGCAAUUAGCGGUCCUAGUGCUACUGGGUCAGACUCGAAUCAGGGUGAACGGCAAUCCAGACGCCCGACCCAAUCUAGCCUCGCAUUGGAUGUCCCCGCCGAUACAAACAGUAAGCGACGGAGUGCGUCUCCCGGAAGGCGGUUCAAGGAUGCUUUCAGCUCAGACAAGAAAGCACCUGCCGAUGCCCCCGACACCUCGUCAGCCAAGUCUGGGGCGAAUAAAAGUGGGCGGAGUCUGUUCGGGGGCAGCCGGCGAAGCAGUCUCUCAUCCAAACGAGCUCAAGCGACUCCCGAUGAAGUCCCUCCUAUGCCGGCACCCAUUCGCACUGAUCUGACAGAUAAUAAGCCUCGUUCGCUUGAAGCGAGCCCCAUGCCAAAUACCCCUCCGCAUACCGCCAUUCCGGCCCCAGCAACAACAGUGACUCCUCCUACCCCCACUGAGCACCAACCUCUCAUCCCGCAAAUCAUGUCCAACGAUGUGACCGAUUCACCAGAGUCUAUCAAGUCUAGAAAUUCCAUAUCCUCCGGAACUGGAGUCACCACCGUCAGUCCGUCUGGGAACAUGAUAUCUCAUCGGCGGGUACGAUCUGCUUCCGCAGCUCAUGGCCCGAGCAAAUUAUCGAAUUCAGUCUCGGCAUUGACACCUCUCGAAGAAAAAACUCCCGGGGCGAAGACCCCGAACUCUCAGCAAAGUGGCUUUUUCUCUUCUGUGUUUUCGGUUGCCCAAAAUGCGGCAUCUUCGCUAAGUAACAGCCUAAACGCCCAGCAGAGGAAUCGUCCCAGCUCUCAACCGACUGCGGUUGACCUUGAUCAGACCCCAAUCGAGGGCGCUUCAGACGAGGUAGAACGGACUUCCGAAAAUGGGAGCAAGGGCGAGGAAAGCAAGCCCUCUGCAGUGGAGACUCUUGGUGCCGGAGACCUCAACUUUAGCCACCUCGAAUUCGAUGCACAGCCAGGCCAGGUCAUUUCAACCACCGACGGGGUGGUGAUCACGAAACCUGGAAGUCCGCUUGACAAGCGCAAGAACACUGCUGUCUUUCAGCGGGAUGAGGCGGCUGCCAAACUUGAAGACCAGCGAGCUGCGCGUGCUGUUCAAGUAGCAUAUGAACGGCCCUCGGAGCUGUCUUUGAUAGGCCCACCUGUAGACGAGGUUCUGGAGCUUCAGUCUACAACUUCGCUUCCGAGAGAUCCGCCAAUGAUGGGUGACCAGACUCCUCCCAGUGGUAGUGUCCUUGAUGGGGACCUCACCGGUGGCAUCAAACGGAGUGGGAGCGUACGCAGCAGACUUGCCCGGCGUCAUCGGGGCUCAUCUGGAGCAACAACCUCAACUAUCGGAGCAGCUGCCGUCAAUGCUAUCGCAUUGGGUGCUCCUGGUGCCAAUGCGAGUGUACCUCGGUUGACCGGUUUCGCGGUUGCAAGCAAGAAGCGCAACAGAGAUUUCCACCAGUUGUUCCGAAGCGUGCCUGAAGACGACUAUCUGAUUGAAGAUUACAGUUGUGCGUUGCAGCGUGAAAUCAUUCUUGCUGGCCGCAUCUACAUUUCAGAAGGCCACAUUUGUUUCUCCAGUAACAUUUUAGGAUGGGUUACGACUCUUGUGAUUAGCUUCGAUGAAGUUGUUGCAGUCGAAAAAGAGAACACCGCGAUGGUCUUCCCCAAUGCAAUUGCCAUCCAAACUUUGCACGCUCGCCAUACAUUCCGAAGUUUACUCAGUCGUGAAUCGACAUAUGACCUUAUGGUCAACAUCUGGAAGAUAAAUCACCCGUCCCUCAAGAGCUCUGUGAAUGGAACCCGCGUCACUGGCACCGGUGAUAAGACAGAGAAGGUUGAGGAUGAGGGAAGUGACUCCGAGAGCGACGUCUCCGACGAAGAUGAAAUAUACGAUGAGGACGAGGAAGGAGACAACGCCGACAGCUUCUUUGAGGCUGGCGGCAGUGCCAAUGCCAGCGCAACAUCUUUGCCGGUGAGAGCGGGUUUAAGUCGCAAGACUUCGAGUUUAUCCGCAAAUGCAAUUGCACCUGCAUCUGGAGCAACCACCACCGGCGCUACGAAGAGCGGCGACAAAGGUGCUUCCAAGGACGCGCCUCCUGACUUCCCUGGUCCUGUUACACACGCACCUACCGAAUAUGUCGAUCCCAAUGGGCAAUACGAAAAGGUCAUCAAAGACGAGACUAUCCCAGCACCCCUUGGCAAAGUCUACUCUUUGGUCUUUGGUCCAGCAUCCGGCGAGUUCAUGACCAAGUUCCUCGUUGACAAUCAAAAAUCCGGAGAGCUGCAGUUCGAAAGCACGGCAAAGGGGUUGACAAUCGAGAGUCCCAUCCGAAAGUAUUCGUACAUCAAACCUCUGAACGGGGCCAUUGGCCCGAAGCAGACUAAGUGUAUCAGUACCGAGAACUUGGACUUUUUUGAUCUUGAAAAAGCAGUUCUCGUUACGUUGAGCACUCAAACGCCUGAUGUCCCUAGCGGAAAUGUGUUUGCUACCAAGACAAAGUACCUUUUUACCUGGGCUGCAGACAACAAAACCCGCUUCCUCAUGACCUGUACCAUUGAGUGGACAGGUAAAAGUUGGCUGAAGGGUCCAAUUGAAAAAGGCGCAAUCGAUGGUCAAACAGCAUUCGGUACUGAGCUUGUUAAAUCCCUCAAUAUCGGAGUUGUUCCUCGCGGACGUGCAAACGGUGCUGGACGCGGCAAAGGUCGCCGCAAGAAGGGCGAUGGUACAGGCCGAGAGUCCACCGCAGCUGCGUCAUUGAAGGUUACUGUGGACUCCAACGUCGGAAAGGUCGAUUCUUGGGGACUAUUCGAGCCGAUUCGACCCUUACUAGAGCCUUUCGUUAGUCUUCUCAGUCCGCUAUGGAGUGGCAACAUGGCUGUCAUUCUCAUUGGUAUCCUGCUCUACCUGGCUUUCUUCAAAUCAUCAUCGUCCUCAUCUAUGCUCGCACAUGAAGUUGGCUGCCCUGGUUACAGCUUACCUCAGAGGCUGGCUGCAUACGAGGAGAUGUGGCGCCGCGAGGAGACCGAACUUUGGAACUGGCUGGAAGACCGUGUCGGCAUGGAUGGAAUGGUCUUCCCCAAUUCAUACCGUGCCCCCGAGCCACACCCGCCUCGGAGAUCAUCUGGAGGCAAUGCGGCCGACGAGCGUGAGCUAGCCUCAAGACUUCGUGAAGAGAAGGUAUCGGACCGUGAAAUGGACCAUGCUAUUCGCACCACGCGCCAACGCCUCGAUGUUCUUGAGGAGAUGAUGAACAAGCGCAAAACCCAAUGGGAGGACGAAUCAAUUCGGAAAUCUGAAUUGUGA